GAUGAAGUCACGUCCAAUGCGGAAGUGAAUGCUACCUGAGCAGUCGCCCAAACAUUCUAAACGAAACCGACACUUUCCCAGCGUCUGAAGAGGAACUGACAUAGCUCCAUCAUGCUUGGUGGAGGGUUUAAAUCUGAGAGACUUCGUGUCAAUCUCAGGCUGGUCAUAAACCGCCUCAAACUUCUUGAGAAGAAGAAAACUGAAUUAGCCCAGAAGUCUCGCAAGGAAAUCGCAGACUACUUGUCGGCCGGCAAAGAUGAGCGUGCGAGAAUCAGAGUCGAGCACAUCAUCAGGGAGGAUUAUUUGGUGGAGGCCAUGGAGAUCCUGGAGUUAUACUGUGAUUUGCUGCUCACCCGUUUUGGCUUAAUACAGUCCAUGAAAGAACUGGACCCUGGCCUACAAGAAGCAGUGUCCACUCUCAUCUGGGCUGCCCCUCGACUGCAAUCAGAAGUGGCAGAACUGAAGAUUGUUUCAGAUCAGCUGUGUGCCAAAUACAGCAAAGAGUAUGGAAAGCUAUGCAGGACAAAUCAGAUUGGAACAGUUAAUGAUAGGCUUAUGCACAAACUGAGCGUGGAGGCCCCUCCCAAGAUUUUGGUGGAGCGUUACCUCAUUGAGAUCGCCAAAAACUACAACGUUCCCUAUGAACCUGAUGCCAUGGUUCGGCCAGAGGUGUGUCCGGGUGAAGAGGCCCAUCUGAUUGAUGUGGACAGCGACUUCAAGAAGCCAGGAGCUGGUGGAGGAGGAGGUGGAGGAGGGUUUAUGGCUCCCGCUGUAGGCAUGCCUAUGCCCAUGCCCAUGCCCAUGCCCACAGCUUUCAACUACCCACCGCCCAAAGGAGCUGAGCCCUUUAAUGGUUCUGUUGGCACCUAUGAUGGCUUUAGCAACUUCCAGCCUCCAGUGAGAGGAGGGCAGCCCCCACAGCUGCCCAGCUGCCCACCCACCUAUGAAUCUAUCGAUGAGUUGUCUGUCAAACCCUCUAAUUCUUCCCAGGUCAUCCCAGGCCCAGCCCCGUCUGCUCAGUUCUAUGACAACUCUACCCUUCCUGAACUUCCGUCUGUUCCCGACACACUCCCAGCCUCCUCCUUCGGCGCGAACGCCAACACAUCAGACGACAUUGACUUUGAUGACCUGUCACGGCGCUUUGAAGAGCUCAAGAAGAAGACCUAAUUACAUGCGCACAUCUGGGAGUCUGAACAUCUGUCUCAGCUGCCACAUGAGAAUAAUUCAUCGUACCCUGUCCAUAUUCACAUACUAACAGGUCUUCUGGUGGAGGUGUAAUAUAAUACUUGUUACUUAACACAAUGAAGGAUCGGAUGCUGUAUAGACACUUGUGAAUGGCAGUGGCAGAAAUUUAUACGCUCAUUUUAGACUUUCACGUAACAUGGACUGUUGACAAAUCGCCUGCUCUUUGAAUGAGCACUUUGCUUAGAGGGCCUUGCUGACAGCUAAAUUUAGUUAAUCAUCUGUAGUGUAAUAAUCUCUGUGCCUUGUAUGACCACCUGAGAUGUCUAUUGAAAAGAUUUUGUUAACUUUCCCCCUUUAAAAAAAACUAAAAAAACAAUGUCUUAAGUUUUUCCCCAGCAAAUCAGAAAUCUCUAUGACUCCUCUAGGAAAAUGCCAUUAUUUACACCCAGAGUUGUGCAAUGAACUAUGAACCUGCAAACAACUGUAUGAUGUCAUGGAUUGUUAGUGGAUCACAAUGUUUGUGCAAAAUGACUCUGGCUUUUUGUUAUUGACAGAAUGCGUUUUGAUGGGAUGGUUUGGUGAACACCUAAAUUCUGGUGAACUGAGCACAGAAUUGAAGAAAAGAUUGCUUUAUUUCAGCCUCUCAUUUAACGAGUCAUCUCUGUGUCCUAAAGUUAAGCAUUUCCCACUUUUUCUGUUAAUGUAGUUACUCCUGUCAGCCAUCUUAAUUUGACUCUAAAGGAAAGGCUUUGUAUUUUGUCUACAGUUAAUAACACUCCUGUUUCUAGUCCUGUCUUUGUGUGUUUCUGGACUGAAUUUGCCUUUGUUUCCACAUCUCAAGCUGUGGCCUUGCUGUUCCACACCUUUCUCUGGGAAAUGUGACUUUCCUGACAGCUUGUACCAUGAACUCCACAUUUGAAUAAGUAUUUACAUGCUUAUUCCUUUCUUGGUGGGGGUUUUUAUCAUAUAUCCUUGACUUAUUUGUUGUAAGAUUUGACUGUUUAAAGUGUCAACGUCUCAAGUGUUGAAAGUGUUGUUUUGGCUGCUUUCUACUUGGUUUUAUAACACUAAUUUGUGUU